AUGGACGUCACCGCCAAGUAUCCGCUCUCCGACUCGGACGAUGGAGGGUCGUCGACUGGCGACGGAGGCGAGAGCUCGAGUGGCAUUCAGGCCGAGCUGCUUGGCCACGACGUGCUUAUUCCCGGCCACUUGCUGGCUGCAGUGACUGCUGCUGUGGCAGCCGAUCAUGACGCCUCGAUGGUGGCUGGCCCGGACACUCUCGGCCUGACCAACGCGCUCGCCGCGGCGGAGUCGCGCAUCGCAGAGCUGGAGGAUGAACUUGUCCGUCUCCGCGAGGAGAACACUGUGCUUCGCGGCGCGCUAGUCCACUCACGCUCCAGCGCAGGUCGGAGCACAGCCGGUGCUGGCACUGGUGCCGGUGGAUCGGCACCGCUAGAGGCGCUCGAGCGGCUGCGGCUUUCGGCUGGAAAGGCUGGCGGGGCCGGAGUGCCACCCGAUGCGAUGGGCGUGCCCGCGCAACCGCGAGCAAUCUCGGAGCUUCUUCGAAACCGGUCGUCAGGACGCAAGUCUUCGUUUGAGCGGUUCAUCGGGACGUCGGCACGGUCACUCGGGGCCUCGUUCCUCACCCGAGCGGUGGCAGAGGCUGCAGCCGCCAGUAGCGGCAAAGCCGACGCUGGGACGUUGCAGGUCCCAGCUCGGGCAAGCCCGCAGACGACGGUGGCGCUCAAGCGAGCGGCGGCGGGAAGUGGUCCGCCGCAGCGGUCGAUGUCGCUCGCCCGGUCGCCUAACAUGCCGACGCUCGCCAGCUCGGCCACUAGCCGGCGCAAGCUCACGCUCGACCUCAACGUUUACAUGCCGCGAUUCGACCGUGAGGGCUCGCUGCGAGCCCGUCGCAGCUCGCGGCGCGGCUCGGUGGUCUCGGUCACCUCGACCAUGUCAGAAAUCUCAAUUUCGGAGCUGUCGGGCCCGUCGGCCGACUACGAUCAAGAGACCUCGCUCGGUGGAGGCUCGUCAUCGAUGAUGAACUCGGCCGACGCCACCAACGCGCCGACGCCGCUCGCGCUCCCCGUCUCGGAGCCAGGCUCGAACCACUCAUCGCGCUCGCCGUCGGUCUCGUCAGUCGACGUGGAUGAGGGCUUCUCGACUUCGUCGCCGAGGCCGAUUUCACUCUUCUCGUCGUCGUCGAACUUGUCCAUCAACCUCGCCCGCGCGCAGCUGACCGCGGCCGCGGCAGCUGCCGGCUCGGCAGCCGCGGCAAGCGUGGCGGCCGCGACCAAACCUGCGACAAGCGGUAAGCGUGGCAAGGCAGGCAAGUCGGGCAAGUCGAGCAAGCGCAGCUCGAUGGUGGUUUCGGACGACGGCGACGAUGGUGGCGGCUCCGACUCGGGCACACGGCUCAUCACGCGCGACGGCGAGCGGGUGGCAGCGGUGCGAGUCGCCGGCGGCUCGAUUGUUUUUGACGCGGCGACGCUCGACCAGCUCGUCUCGCACCUGGCGGAUGAGUCGAACCCAGACACGCUCUACAUCGAAGAGUUCCUUCUUGUCUACCGGUUGUUUAUGGAGCCGAUCGAGUUGAUGCAGCUGCUCAUCGCGCGGUUCAACAUCCAGCUCCCGCCGGAUCCGACCGACGACGACGUGGCGUACUUUGCCAAGUGGGCACGGCCGGUCCAGCUGCGGACAGUCUCGGUCAUCGCCAAGUGGGUCGAGCGGUUCUGGGACGUCGACUUUGCCGUCUCUUCGGUCCUCCUCGAUGGGCUGUAUGACUUUCUCGACUUGCUACAGGGCCCGGACUUUGAGAUGCUCCACAGGCACCUCUCGACCAAGAUCCAGGCCAAGCUUGCGUCGCCAACGCCCGGGCCGGUCAACCCGCCAGGCGACCUCAGCCUUGCGGAGCUGCUCGGGCUGGACAUCUCCGUCCUGGCGUCGGCCGGUUCGACGGCCAUUGCCGCCGAGCUCACGCGGUGCGACACCGAGCUGCUCGCAGCGGUCCCGGCAUCCGAGUUUAUCAUCCAGCUCCGCGGUGACCCGUCGCUUGCGCCAAACCUCUCGCAGUACAUCACCCGGUUCAACAGGGUCUCGCGGUGGGUGGCGUCGAUGAUCCUGUACGAGACAGACGUCAAGCUGCGGCGUAACAUGGUGGUCAAGUUUGUGCACGUGGUCAAGAAACUGUACGAGCUCUCCAACUUUAACUCGAUGAUGGCGGUCAUCUCGGGCCUCAACAUGAUUUGCAUCGAGCGGCUCGACAAGACGUGGGCCAAGGUACCGGCCCGCGAGCGCAAGGCCCUCAAGAAGAUGGAGGCCCUGCUCUCGCCGGCCAAAAACUACGCAAAGUACCGCCGCAAGCUCGAGAGCCUCAAGCCGCCAUACGUCGGCUUUGUCGGCCUCUAUGUCAAGGACCUCUUUGUCCACCACGACUCGAACCCGUCGCGCGUCACCUCGCACCCGCACCUUGUCAACUAUGCCAAGUUCCGCCAGAUGUCCGCCAAGGUCGAGUCGAUCCGCGAGGCCCAGCGCGCCGCCGCCUCUUACAAGCAUCGCGAGCCCGAGCCGGAGCUCCUCGCCCUCGUUUCGGAGCUUCCGGCCAUGGAUGAGAACGGCCUCUACGAGCUCUCCAUCAUCGUCGAGGCCUCGGAGCGUCGCCGUCGCUCGACCCGAGUUGUCGAACUCGAGGCGGCCCUGGGGCUGGGGCUGGCGCCGGCGCUGGCGCUGGGGUUGGGCCUCUUCGGCGAUGAUGACGGGGAUGAUGGCGUUGACUUUGAUUCGGACGAGCUGUUUGGAGGUGGAGACGAAGACUUUGUUGUCCAUACCCUGCUAGAGCGGGAGUCAGUGCCGGCACCAGCGUCGGUCAAGAUGGCGGCCAAGCCCGUCGGCAUCAACGAGCCGGCCUGGGGCAAGGAUGUGGCCAGUGGCGAUCUGUUCGCCGCUGAAGCCGCGGCUGCUGGGGCCGAUGAUGAUGAGCUGCUGUUUGCUGCACCGGUAGCCAGUGCGGCUCCAGCCCGGCUCUCGGUGACCAAGGCCGUGGUCAUGGCGCACAAGCCCGACCCAGAGCCAGAGCCAGAGCCAAAGCCAGAACCGGCUGUCCAGGCUGUCGGCCAAAGUAGCAGAACCGUUUUUGAUUGGGAUGAAGGAGACGACGGUGCUGAGGAACUGGACCUUGGACCGAAGCCCGUGGUGGAGGCAGGUCCCGAGCCUGUGGUGGAGGCCGAGUCGACGGACGUCUCCCCAUCGCCUGCGCCUGCUGUCGACGGGGCGGUGGAAUCGCUUCCUCAGGAUACCGACGACGGCAAUCCAGGUGAGGCCGUGGCGACUGGAUGGACAUCGUCCGAAUCCGAGUCCGACGACAAUGACGACGCCAAGGCAGGCUUGAACGCCGAUGUCGUUCCCCCACCGCCACCAGAGUUCUUUAUGGAUGGUCCAGACGACGAUGCUGACGCGGUUAUAGGUACGGGUGUGGUGUCCACUGAUGGGCACGCGCCGCCGCCUGCUCCGCGUGGCGCUGUUUUUAACGUCGAGGACAUUCGCGCGUGGGGCUCGCCAGAUGCAGACGACGAAGAGCACCCGUUGUUUGCCGCCCGCAGUCAGGCCGAGCCUGCAGCGACGCCGGUCAAGGCGCAGCCCGAGUCCCUGCCAGCAUCGGAUCCGGCGCCAGCACCAGAACCAGAGCCAGCGCCGGAACCAGAGCCAGCGCCGGAACCAGAGCCAGCGCCGGAACCAGAACCGGAGCUGGAACCGAUUGUGGAGCUCGACGACGCAGGUGCCGACGACCUACUGGACGACCUAGACGGAAUGGACGACGUAUUUUCUUUGGCGGGCAAGGGUGGCGGCGGGUCGUUGUUUGGAGCGCUCGGUGGUGGUGUCGAAGACGACGACCCUCUGUUCGCGGCCAUGGAGUCGCUCAAAGAGCCUGCCGCCGACACAUCUCACCCCCAGAUGGUGGCGCGGACCCGGCGUGGAAUGCCGCGCGGCGGUGGGGGCGGAAGUGGUGGAGGAGGUGACGAUGUGCUGGGCAAUCUUUUUGCACUCACCGACGAACCGGCUGCUGAUGAACUGGGAGUCAAAGUCGCAAGCGCCACUGCUACGCCACCUGCUGCGCCGGUGAGCAAGACGACGGGUGUAAUGCUCUCUGAUGACGAGGCCGACGAGUGGGAAGCUGGCAAUGGCGAACAAGCUGUCAAAGAUGCUGGAGCAAGCGUCGGUGUGGCUGCGGCUGAGGCCGCAGCGCGUGAGGCCGCGGCGCGUGAGGCCGCGGCGGCACUGCCGCCGGUCAACCACGCCAAGGCGCCGAUUGUGCCCGAUCUGCCCGUGGUGGCGGUGGAACGUGACGAUAGCCCGCCGCCAUUGCCGCCGCCAGAGCUAGCGGCUGUCCUCCCGCAGCAGAACGAGCCGCCGCUGCCGCCGGGCGAGGAGCCGCCGCUGCCCAAGCUCCCGCUCAUUGUGGACGAGUUCAAACUCUCGAUGGAGCGCGGGCCGAACGAGCUCUCGCCACGCGGGCCGGGAGCCACGCGAAUCCGCGAGCUCGAGGCGCUACUGCUGGACAUGCAGGAGGCGCUGGUCAAGGCGGCCGACCGCAUCUCGCAGCUGGAGGGCGAGAAGGAGUCGCUUAUGGUCAAGCUGGUGCGGACACAGGCGCAGGUCAUCGAAGGCGAGCCGCGCAAGUCCGGCGGCGUGCUGUCGGCCGACGAAGCUGCUGCUAUCGUGGCAAGCGCUGCGUCCAAAGAUAUGGAAGCGCGCCAGACGUCGACGCAGUUGCGAGCGCAGAUGAAGGCGCUCGAGGAGAACGAGGCAGGCCCCGCCAAGCGCGGCAUGCUGAUGGGCGGCCAGGAUGGGCGCGACGCGCCGGGUGUACCGGUCGGCCUCGGAACCGACGAGGACAUUGCGCGGAUUGAGGCUGCGCUCGAGGAGAGACGGAUGGCACGGGCUAAGCAUGCCAAGCAGAGUCGCAAGGAGGAGCUGACCGAAGAGGAAGUCCGGAUCCGGCGGUUGGAGGCCGAGCUCGAGCACCAGCAGUGGGAGCGUGUCGAGCGGGCCAAGCUCGCGCAAAUGGGUCCGAGUCACGAGAUGUACGGGCGGUUCAACUUUGUGUUCCACGGGCUCUCGCGGGCGCAGAUCUCGCAAGUCCGCAAGCUCUUCACCUUUUUCGACCAGAAUUCGUCGGGCACCAUUCCAUGGGCGCGGACGCUGGACAUUAUCGACAAGCUCGGCAUUAUGCUCGCGUCGGUCGACGUGGCGUUCUUCAAGAACCUCAUCGGCGCGCCGGUCGAACCGGCGGCGGCAGCCAGGCACACGGCACAGAUCUCGAUGCCGGACUUUCUGAAGGCCAUGGACGAGCUUCAUGCGGCGCUUUUCGCAAAGGCCAAGGAGAACAAGGCGCUGGCCGAGGUGGAGGGCGACUUGCUCAAGGAGGAGCUGGAGGCCGAGAAAACCACUCGUGCACUGUACGCGGCCGCAGCCGGCGAGAGCGGUGGAGCGAGCAUCACGCUACACCAGUUGAAGCGGACCAUUGUCAAGCUUGGCAUCGGGAUGCGCAAGGGUGAGUUUGCGCGGCUGAUGGAGCUGACCCGCGCCAACGCCGACGGCACGCUGGGCGAGGAGGCGCUUGUGGUUGGCUUCCGCAAGCUACUCAAGGAGCACCGCGCCAAGCAGCUCGUCGAACUGCUAGAGGACGAAGACGCGGCGGCGGCCGAGGUUCGCGAGACGCUCGAAAAGGCGAUUUCAGCGCCGGUCGUCGUCCCGCUCGCCAGCGACAAUGGCGCUGAGCCCAAAAGCACUCAACCAAGUGGUGCCGACGGAGAGGACCCAGCCGAUGACGACGACCCCAACGCCGAGCUCUCGUACACCCACUCGGAGCACUCGGGGCUUGCCGAGGACGAGGCCGGCAAAAGUGACGCUAAGCGUGGGCGAUGGCGGCGGAGACGGCGUGGGUCGUCAUCGUCGGGCUCAGACACGUACACGUACUCGUACUCGAGCUACGGACCGCACUCGUCGGCGUCGAGUGACUCGAGCAACACAAGCGACUCGAGCGACUCGGGCAGUGGGUCGGCCAGCGGCGGUGGCGACGGAGGCGGAUGGAAGGGCUCGGCAAAGCACGCAGCCAAAGACCCGCUUCAGCCGGGAUGUGGGCCGACGGCGACGGGUCCGGACAACGCCGGGCAGUGCUAUGUUGUCGGGUGCGAGUGCUCGGCAUUUGUCAAGAAGAAGUUUGGGUUUGACAAGAGCCAGUGCUCCGAGUGCUUCCACGGAUGCACCUCGCACGCGUCGACGGGUGCGGCGCCGGCUGGCAGUAGUGCCGGCAGCAGUGACAAGGGUAAGAGCAAGGGCAAGAGCGGCAGCGCCACGAGUGGGAUGUCGAAGCGCGAGGCCUUCCUGGCCCGGCUGAACGCUGCCAAGAACGAAGCCGCUGCCGCCGAGGAAGCCAAGAAGAAGCCGGCCAAGAAACUCUCGGGCUGGGCGGAGCGGCAACGCGAGAAGGAGGCGGCGGCGGCGGGUGCCGGGAAGAGUGAGGCGAGUGCAGGCAAGAGCGCCGGGGAGAGACGGGGUGGAAAGAAGAAGCGCAAGGGCGAGCUUUCCGAGGCAGAGCUAGAGGCGAUCGACGACGAGGAGAAGCGGGCGCUACUGGUGAAGACGAGCAAGCUCAAGAGCGCACUCAAGACUGUGAAGGACGAGUGCAAGCUCCGCAAGGCUAUCAUCGACAAGCAGGUGGGUGAGAUGGCAUUCCUGGCGGACGAGGUCUCGAUGCUGGGCAAGGAGCUGGAGAUCGAACGGCACUCGCGUGAGCGACUGGAGGCCAAGCUGGCCAAGGUGACGGCCAAGCUCGAGGGCUACGAGUUUUACCUGGCACAGGAGCAGGAGGCCAAGGAGCUGCGUGUGCGGCGACGGGCCAAGGCGGCCAAGGAGGCGCGAGCGGCGCGGCGGGAGGCCAAGAAGCGUAUGUUCAGCAAGGGCAUGGAGCUCAAUCCAUCGGGACUCGCUCUCGACCCAGUCGACGAUCCUAGCCACACCGCAACCGGCGACGUGCUCGCGCCGGUGCGGGACAAGGUGGAGGCGGCCAAGGCUGAUGGUGCGAGCGGCGACGAUGGCGACGCAUCGCCCGAGCUACCUGCUCUCCCGGGCUCGGCGUCUGACUCGUCGUCGCCGUCGUCGGUUGUGGCUGCGGCUGCAAGCUUGGUCAACUCAUCGGUGUCCGAGAGUGAGACGCCAGCGUCGACGGCAUCGUCGUCAUCGUCGUCGUCAUCGUCGUCGUCGCCAUGUCAUACUCGCGGUGGUGCGAGGCAGCGACAGCGGCGCAUGCGCAUGCGGUCGAAGAGGCCGCGGCGGCGGCAGCGGCAGCGGGUCCAGGCUGCAGAGACCGAGGUUGCGGGAGGCGGUGUGGUGUACGACGAGGCUGCGGCAGCAGAGGAGGCGCGGGCAGCCCGUGAGGCGCGGCGGGCGGCGCGGCUGCAGAAGCGCAAGGAGGCCAAGGCUGCGGCCAAGGCUGCAGCGCGAGAGACCGCACGCGCUGAGCGCAAGGCCAAGCGGCGGUUGGAAGGCAGCCAUCGGCCGGGUCGUGGACGGCGCGGGUCGUCGCGGCGGUCAGAGGGUGGCAAAGCGAAGCGACGGCGCAAGGCUGCCGAGCCUCCACCGCCGCCGCCUGACGAGUUUGUUGGCGAAGAGCCGCCGCCGCCACCACCCGAACAUGCGUAG